AUGAUGCUGGGCGAGGAAUCCGAGGCUGCCACCUACUGGAAACGCGCCGGCGAUGCCGCUAUUGCGAAUAAAAUCAAAGGCGUCAUCAUGAUGGGUGCACACUGGGAUGCUCUCGGAGACAAGGUGGAGGUUGCCACAAAUCCGGACCCUUCCAAAUCACCAGUUGCCUACGUUCACCCAUCCAAGUACGUGGACUACAAGCUUGUGCCCGACAUCAAAACAUCUGAGCGCUGCGUCAACAUCCUCCGUGCGGCUGGAUUCGACGCCAGUGGUAACCCAAAGUUUGACUGGAUUCACGACACUUAUCUGAUUCUCAUUCGCAUGUUUCCUGACGGCUGCCCACCGACGACGCUCAUCUCCAUGAACGCGCGCUUCGACCCUCACUACCAUGUUCGCGUCGGCGAAGCUCUGCGGCCCCUCCGUGCGGAAGGUUACCUCAUCAUCGGCUCCGGCGGCGCUGUUCACAACCUCUACAGGAACCACUGGGCUCCCAUGUUGCGCUACUCUGACAACUUCGCCCAGACGCGCGCCCCCGAGCCAUGGGCACUCGAAUUCCGACAGGCCGUGGAGGAUGUCGUCAAGAACAAUUCUGGGCCCCGACUACGGAGAGCCAUGACGCGACUAAUGAAGCAUCCCAUGUACAGGGACGCGCACGCUACAGACGACCAUUUCAUGGCUGCCAUGUUUGUGGCUGGAGCUGUAGGCGAUGAGGAUGACGAGGGGUGUUUUGGUGAGCUCAAGGCUGAGACUUGGGAGCUUACCAACAUGUGUAAUAGUCAGUUUACGUUUGGGAGCUGGCCAAAGACACUGGCUGUGGCAUAA